CCCUUUUUUCUUUCCCUGCCGGUUUCCUUGGUCACACACAUGCACAAACACUACUCACACACAAACACUGACGAAGGCUCAAUCCUGCUAUGGCCACCACCACCGCCACCACCACAGAAGAGAGUUCUGCGGUCGCUCCGGACGCCACAGCACCCCAGCAGCCUGACUUGAACACUAGCGUAGAACCCGACUCAACAGCACAGACUGAACCCUGUGAUGCCGAAAGUGACAGGGAGAAAAAAGAGGAUGACAAGCAGGAGGAUGGAGGAGAAAGUUCUGCAAAAGAGCUGAGUUUGGAUCCAGAGUGGGUGGAGGAAAGGUUCAGGAUCGACAGGAAGAAGCUUGAAACCAUGUUGUAUGCUCCCAAAGAAGGAGACAGUGGUACUGGAGAGGAGUUUUUUGAGAGAGUAAUGAAAGAAACUAACACUCAGGUGAAAUGGCCAUCCAAGCUGAAGAUAGGAGCCAAGUCAAAAAAAGAUCCACAUGUGAAGGUGGAAGGGAAAAGAGCUAAUGUUUUGGCAGCAAAGAAGAAGAUACUAGAAGUGUUGGAAACAAAGGUGAACAAAGUAACGCUGAAAAUGGACGUGGCCUACACAGAGCACUCCCAUGUGAUUGGAAAAGGUGGUGGUAACAUCAAAAAGGUGAUGGAGGUCACCUCCUGCCACAUCCACUUCCCUGAUUCCAACCGCCACAACGCUGCAGGGGAGAAAAGCAACCAGGUCUCCAUUGCUGGGCCCGUGGAAGGUGUGGAGGAAGCCAGAAAGAGGAUAAGAGACCUCCAGCCACUGUGUCUGACCUUUGACCUGCCAGUCACUCUAGUGCCCCAGGCUCUGCCAGAUGCGGGCUCACCCCUCGUUCAGCAGGUCGUGGCGGCUUUGGGGGUGAGCGUGAGCUUCAGGGCAUUGCCCCCGCCGCCCCGGGCCCAUUCCUCCUUUUACGGGAGCUGCUGCAGCAUCUGGGGGCUGCAGGGGAACGCAGCCACUGUCAAGAAGGCGACCUGCAUCCUCAUGGACCUCCUGCUCGGAUCAGAGGCCACGGGAGGGGUGGUGAGCAGUCAGCUGGACGUCACCUCUCAGCAGCACCUCUUCCUGCUGGGCCAGAACGGAGCCCACUUUGUGAGUGUCAUGCAUCAGACCCAGACCCAGAUCAUCCUGCCGGACCUCAGUGCUCCUCAGAGUCCCCCCUCCUUGCUCAUCCAGGGCAGUCCUGAUGGGGUGUGUCUGGCCAGACAGCAGCUCAUGGACUGUCUGCCUGUGUGUUUGAUGUUUGACAUGCGUGACGAUGGUGAGGCAGAUCCAUGUAAACUGGCACAGAUCAUGCAAAACCUUGGAGUCUUCAUUAGUGUCAAGCCCAAAGUGAAACAGACCAGCAAGUCAGUGGUAGUGAAGGGUCUGGAAAGGAACAUCUCCUGCCUUUACGAAGCCCGCCGUCUACUUUUGGGACUGGAUUCUUGUGAGGCUGCCAAUAUAACUGGAGGGAACUCUGACCUCAUGUUACCCUGUGGUGGGCUGACCAACUACUGGCUCAACAUGUUACUGCAGCAGCUUCGCAUCUCAGAGCUGGGCUCUACACUUACUCCAAGUACAGAGGUGCUGACCGGUACUAAGCCCCGACCCUCGCCUCCACCAGGCCUCCUCUCUCCCCCGGAGGAAAGCAGGACAGGGCUGAAGGGAGCAGAUAGUCGGCCACUGGAAAAGAUCCUCGAGAAUGAAGACCAGUCUGGUCAGUCAGAGGACGAGAGCUCUGAGGUCUCUGUGUUGUCACCAUCUGACAUGUGCGAUGUAGUGAACAACAGCAUCAGCAGGCUGGUGCUGAAUGGUCGCAGAGGGAGUCUCCAAAGUCCAGAGAUCGCCAAAGUCCUCUGCCAGGGUAGACGCCAUUCGACAGGGCAGUCGUUAACAUUCAGAUUGAACUCAGAGGCCGAUGGAGGGAGGAGUGAGAGGAGAAGCAGCCUGAGGAGAGACAUGAUUCUUGCUGAGAGCGUUCAUGGUGACUCAUCCAAAGCUGAGGUUUAUGACUAUGAGAGGAAGAAAGUGAUGGCAACCAGAGCCAUGCAGAGGAAACCUGUGGUUACAGAGGUCCGGACACCCACGGACACUUGGAGCGGCCUUGGCUUUUCAAAGUCCAUGCCAGCUGAAGCAGUCAAGGAGCUUCGCAACAUCAGCCGGCGCAGCUACAAACCCUACCUCACUAACAGCAACAAUCUGCCACAGACAGGGAAGGUGUGUAAUGGCAGUGAUUCUGAGAACUGGAGGGACCGACGUGGAUCUGCAUCCCUUUCUGUUUCCUCCUCCUCUCCUUCUUCCCCUCCGUCCUCCCCGUCCUCCCCCUCUCCCACCUUCUCUUCCUCCAACUCCUCCUUUCCUGCAUUUGCAUCCUCAGUGAGCAGAGGCAGAAAUGACAGACCCUUGGAGAGCUUUCCGAACAGUAGCUACUUUGAAGGUGUGUGCUUGUCUACGAGGGCACCAGCCUGCAGCCAGCGGAGUCUCUCCCCUCUUAUGACAGAUGAUCUACCUGAGCUGCUCAGGCAGCUUGGCCUUAUCAAGUACAUCGACGUGUUCGAACAACAAGAGAUUGACUACCAGACCUUCCUCACUCUGUCUGAUGAAGACCUGAAAGAGGUUGGUGUCUCCACUUUCGGCGCCAGACGCAAGAUGUUAAUAGCAAUCUCUGACCUGAACAAGAGCAAGAGGAGGCUGUCAGAUGCACCUACUCUGAAGUCUGGCUAUCUGGAAGGUGGCGCGAGUGGCAGACUUCCCCGCAUCAUGGAUUUGGAAGCUGCAGCUCAGAGUAACCGCUGGUGACAGACACUGAGAUCCAUGCUACUAAUGUGGUGAAUGCAGGGAAAAGGUCUGAACUGCUUUUUAUUCACCAGAUGUGUGAUAUAGCUGUGAGAAAAAGGAGAAAUGGAUCAUGGACUGGCACCAUUAAAAAAAGUUUGGAUUCUGUGUAAAAUCAAAAUAAAAACAGAUUGGAAUGAUAGCUCAGUUUAUAAAUGAAUUUUUCAAUUACAACAGGACACAGAGUUAAUGUUUCUUCUGAAGGCCUCUGGGGUUUGUUUCUUUUAAAAAAAACCCUCGUCAUGUCACUUGCUGGCUGCCGGUUAACAGCAACAUAUUUCUCAAACUUUUAAUACCACUUACUUUUACCUCCAGUUCAAACAUUUUUGUUGCUCUGUUUUUAUUCACGUUUUACACAGCAUUCCUUUCUUUUAAUUUGUGGUCGCAAAAUCAGUGGCUUUAUUCCACAGCCAUAACCCAAAGCUUUUUAAAAAAUGUAAUUCAAGACAAGAAGGAUUUCCUUUUCAAACUUGAAAUUUUACCUGAACAAAUGAUUUGACUUUUUAUUGGAAAAAUGUGCAUUUCUUAUGCAAGUAAGUUAUCUACUACAUUUAUGCAACUAUGUUUAUAUAUGUUUACAAAAGAAAAAAGUGCAUACUAUUGUAAUACAGAUUAAAUAAAUAAAAGCAUGGUUGAAGCUUAUUUAUGGAGACUGUAAUGCAUGAUUUCAAGGUAUAAAAGAGGAGAGAAGUGAAUGAAAUGCAGAAAAAAGGUCCAGACUUUAACAGUCUAUGCCUUAAACAUGU